AAAGGACGCGUCUGCGUCGCUUAAAAGUGUAGCGGGUUUUAGUGACAGUUAUGUGCAGUGCUCCAAUUUUUAUUAAAUUUGUUUUUUAAUAGUUACGGAUUUACAACUAAGAUUUAUAAAUGUCACAAGCAAUGUUCCAAUACGAGUACGAGAAACGUGCGUCGACGACACGGGAGAUGCCCAUUCGUUCGCACGAGUACUACGCGCGUCGGCCUUUGCCACCCCGCCCGGAAUGCGACUCGUUGCCUGCUAAAACUAGUGUGCCUCUGAAAGUGUGGAUCAUCGCCGGCGCAUCGUGUUUUGCUGUGUGCGCGAUUCUUGUGCUUGCUACCGUCGUGAUCACGCGGUGGGGGACCACCGAGACUUAUACCACUAGAGAGAUUUAUGAAGCCCCCGAACCAAUAUAUUUCCCCCGUCCACAAUCAACGGAAUCAACAGACGAAAUACAAUAUCCUAUAUUGGAAAAACUAUCGAUAUUCAAAAAUAUAGUUGGAAGAAAUCCCGAUCUGGCAUCCAAACCACAAAUCCACCCACUCCACGACACAUCUCUACACCACGCAGAGAAAAAAAUCGAGAAGAAAGACAAGCCAAAAGCAAUACCAGAAUUCAAACCAACACUACCGGACAUAUUCAACAACAAACACAUACAACUCUCCGAUGGGUACAUAGACUUAACAUACGAAGAUUACUACAACGACGAAAAUCUAUACGACGAUUACAUGCAAAGUAAUACAAUGACCAGUUACUUGAUUGAAAAAGUUCAAGAACUAUACGAAUGGAUAAAUUCUGAUCCCACAUUCGUUAAGAGAGAAAACAGUAAUUUCGGUGAGAUAUUAAAAGCCCUAAAUGACAGUUUGAUUGAGGGCAAUGUGACGAUUGUGAUGAAGAAGCUGAGAGAUGUUUACUUCGGCGAUAAUUAUACAGCGGUUAAUAGUGGGAAACCGAUUUUGAAGAACAGCACUAGCUUGCUCUCGUUCGGGAUUUUGACUCUGGAUGUCAUGUUGUUGCAUAACAUACAGCUGAUGGCUUGGGAGAAUCAGGAAGAAUCCAGAAACAAAAUGCUCAAGGACCCAGAUGUGUUCGCUUUUAACGCAUUGUUCAUGGAACCUAGUAAGGUCGAGGCAAAACGGAACGAAGUGCUACAUUAUUAUGAAAAUAGCAAACGUCAAAACGCACGUCAAGACUCCGAUGAUGAGAAGAAUUUACUGGAAAACGUGUUGGAGAUCGGAAUGAGUACCGCUAGGGCUGCCAUUCAUUUGGGACGGGCGUAUAAAAAUACUAAAAUGGUCUUAAACCAACUGUCAAACCGCGAGGCGGUCGAUACAACCAUUCAAAAUCAAAUGUCCCGCAAUAUCGACGCCAACACACACGCUCUUAACCAUCUACAAACGUCAUUUAAUGACAGCUCCAGUGUUGCCAGCAGCUAUUACACAGAUUUGGACUGUGUUUGGCUUUUGUAUUGUAAGAAUUUAGUUGCUACGUCAAAAUUGAAUCCACCUUACGGGACUAUGGCGAGGAUUAAUGGGUUAGCCCUAAGAAUGUUAGCAGGUGAAUUGGUAGCAGACCGGGCGCUGGAUACAAUGCUGUACGAAGCGCUGACUGGCUGGACUGAGUUGAGGUGUACUGAUAUGUUUCCAAAAUGCAGCAAAUCUAAUGCGGCUGGUGUCGUCUUAGAUUCGAUAUUACAGCCAUUGAGAAAAACUAAAAACUCUACGUAAUAUUUAAUUAAGUUUCUGUACAUAUGGUCUCAAAGCAUUUAUAACAAAAGUAGCACCUAGAAAAUAAUAAUAAUUGAAAUAAAAUAAAUAUUUUUUUCAGAAUUUAUGGCCUGGUUGAACUUUGUUUAUCUCAGACCAUAUACAAUUUUGAGUAACAUUGUUUCAACGUUAAAAACUGUUACAUUUGUAGACUCUAACUCAUUAAAAACCGAAUAAUUCUAAUUCAUGUCAAUUUAAAUACUUUUUUCUUUCAAUAUGUCAAUUAUUUCAAUUGUUUAUGCUGCGACAUAACUUCGUAAAGUGAUUCUUUAAUCUAAGUUAUUGGUAAGAAUUAAUUCAAUAAAAAGGGUUGGUUGGCUAAGAAUAUCUAGAAUAAGUUAUGUUUAAGUUCCUAAGUUUAAGAAAUAAAUUUUAUGUCAACCAAAAGUAUGUAGCCCAUAGAAUAUGCAACUUAUAGAUUGCUUUUUUUACAAUUUACAAACAACUACGAGUGGACAGGUAUUGCGAUACUAAUUGUUUUAAUAUAUAACUACCUAUUAUGUAAAACGGUGCAAUUUGGCAUUGUUUGUACAGAUAAUAAUAUAUUUAGACUUAUUGUUGACAAUGGAUUAAAACGUCUUGAUCUGUGUUCCAUUAAAAUACUUAUUUGUCAAGAGAGCUCUAUGACUUCUUUCUCUUUUUCUAAAAAAAUCUCUCUCUUAUAUAUUUUAUAUUAUUAUAGUUAGACGUAGCGCUAAGAAUGACUAAGUAAGUAUAUUAUUUUUUUAAUAAUUCUGACGUAUGUCAAAAUGGUAAAACUCUUCGUCGAGAUACUUCAAAAACUUAUAGAAGAUACAGUUUUUUCGUUGUUUCUCAAUCUCUUAUGUCAAAUACUUAUUGACAUAUACUUAGGAGUUAGACUGAAUAUCACUCUAGUAUUAACAUAGUUUUUUCAUAAAUUCUGGGGCUAUUUUAAAAUACAACAAAGUAUAGUUAUAGUAGUGUUAUAGAUUUAAAGAUCUUGUUGCGAUUAAGGAUAAAUUAUUUUAUAUAAUACUAACUACAGACUUUUUGAAUAAGUAUAAAAAAUCUUUUUUAUAACAUCUAUGUAUACGUAAUUGUAAAUAAUAUGAACUAUUCUUGAAUCCUUAAUCACUGAUUAAAAUCUGUCCACCCAUAUAUUGCAUUACGGCUUAAUCGAGAAAGAUUCGAUCGUCUUGGACAUGGCGUUGUUGUUAAUAAAAUCGUUCAUAGAAUACAUCUCACUUUUACCAUUUUUAACAAAUAAAUGACUAGACUGAUGUUUUGACAGAUACUAAAAUUAUCGUCCCUUGGAUUUGCAAGAAACACACAUCGAUGCGUAACCAACUAACGCUAAACGAAUUUGUAUGAGAAUGACAUUUGCUCAUUUGUUUUGUCACGUGACUAUUUUCACACAAACUUAUAAGCGUUAGUGGAGCAUGCCAGCCGAAAAGGAGUUUGUCUAAAGCCCCGUUUCUGAACAUCUUUAAUGUUAGUCUGUGGUUGACAAAAUGUAGAAGUUUCUAGUUAUUAAUAUUAUAUUUGUUGGACUGAAUAAAACGAAAGUUUUUGCUU